AUGGCCGCCAGAAUCACCGGCCAAGUCCCGACAAUGCUUAUCCGCCGGCAGCCGAUGAUUUCCUAUGUCUCUAGACGUGAGUUACUCUUCUCCCCAUUGAAUCCGCCUACACCGGAGCUACUCCGCCUCGCAUCUUCCUCCGCCCCUCAAUUCCAAAACCCCGCCUAUCCUCUCUACCCCUCCGUCACACAACUUCUGCACCAGAAGGGCAUUCCUGACUCCGAAGUAUCCAAGAUCCCCGCCUCCGGGCCCAAGGGCCGGCUCCUGAAGGGCGACGUCCUCGCCUAUCUCGGCCAGAUCGCCAAUGACUACCCCUCGACGCAAGCCGCGAACCUCGCGAAGCUCACGCACCUGGACUUGAGCAACAUCAAAAUCGCCGCUCCGGCCCCGACCCCGGCCCCGACAGCGGAGAAGAAAGAAGAGGAGAUUCUCGCCAAGCCGCCGCCCAUGGCUUCAGUCGCGCUGUCGGUUUCAUUGACUGCCGUGCUGUCCGCUCAGAAGAAGAUCCAGGAGAACUUGGGGGUGACGGUCCCGCUUUCCCGGUUCCUGGCCAUCGCGACGGACCUGGCGAACGAUGACCUCCCGCGCUCGUCGAGCGAGAAGCCCUCGGCCGAUGAGCUGUUCGAUGAGAUCCUCGGCGCAGAGCCAAUUCACACAUCACGCGGUGAGUACAUCCCUGACUUGAACGCCGUCGAGGUACCCGAGACCGUGCGCCAGCCAGCACCGGCACAAGAGGAUAUCAUUGACUUCCUGAGCGGCAAGAAGCCAACUCAGACCACCCCGUCAUUUGUGGACGCUCCAUCCGGCUCCGCAAUUAAUGUGUUCAGUCUGACCGUCCCCGCUACGGAGGAGCUGCGCGCCAAGGUUUUCCUGGAGCGAAUUCAGACUCUGUUGCAGGUCGAGCCUGCACGACUGGUUCUAUGA